UCUGCUUUUUCCGGAGGAGUGGCGCCUCGCUUUCACGGUUUGCGCCUCUUCCACAGUCCAGCUGUCAUGACGCGUAUCAGCACCACCAUCGUAAGUUAAUCAGCCUGUCCUAAAAGAGUCACACAGGAGCGUCCACCGCUAUUUUGCUACGUAAACAGGUUGACAGCUGUUUUUUUUAAAAUCUUCUGGAGACUCGCAAAUAUGGUUAGAGCCAACGGAAUUUUAAAGUUGACAGUGCUGGUCAUUGGAUUCCUCCUGGCUGUCUUCUUGGCUUUUCAGCUAUUCGAGAUUAAUGCGGAUUUUAAACUGGCUAAUAUGAUUUCAAGAUCUGUGCCAGAAAAUGACAUUUCAACAAAGCCUGUCAGGCAUAAAUGUGGGCUGUCCAAGGCAUGUUCAGCUGGACAUUUUGCCUUCAAGAUGGCAAGUGGUGCAGCCAGUGUGGUCGGGCCCAGAAUCUGCCUGGAGGACAAAGUAGUAAUGAGCGGCGUGAAGAACAACGUGGGAAGAGGAAUCAACAUCGCCCUGGUUAAUGGGAAGACAGGGGAAGUUGUCAAAACAGAAUAUUUUGAUAUGUGGGCUGGAGAUGUGGCUCCCUUGAUUAAAUUCCUGAAUGAAAUUGAAGAUGGGACCGUUGUAAUGAUGGCCUCAUUUGAUGAUUCCGCAACAAAACUCAAUGAUGAAGCCAGGAAGUUAAUUGCUGAUCUAGGCAGCUCAGCUAUUAAUAAUUUGGGCUUUCGAGAUAACUGGAUCUUUGUGGGAGGGAAAGGCAUCAAGACCAAGAGUCCAUUUGAGCAGCAUAUAAAGAACAGCGCAGAAACAAACAAAUUUGAAGGCUGGCCUGAAGUGUUGGAGAUGGAAGGCUGCAUACCCCAGAGGCACGAAUGACCUUUAAAGUGCUGCCAACCUUUGCAUUCACUCUUGUCUACCCAUGUGCUGUCACCUGCGCUGAUGUUCCUAUCUUGAUGAGACUUUAUAGUCGUUGCACUUUUUGUGCUCAGUAAGGCCAUUGUACACCUGUUACCCAGAAGCCUUUUAUCUGAAUUUGUCCACCACAGCAACAAUCUCACUAAAGAAGACAUUAGCAGGAAAAAGCUGUGAUGAUGCUUCAGUCAGAGCAUGUGAAAGGAAACUUGGACUCCAUUGCACUUCUCCUUCUGUUUAGAUGCUACUAAAUAGAUGCUAAAUCGGGUUUAUGAGUAGACUGCACUGAUCAGAAGGCUUUAAUCAUUUGCUCUUAAUCAAACUUUCUAUCUUUAGAUUCUCUUGGGAUUUGGUUGUGAUAGUGUUGCAUAAUGGCAAUGCUGACCAAAAAAGACAUAGUAGAUCAGAUUUUUGGGGAGGGGUGGCUAAUUUUUUGAUAACCUGUACCCUGCCUUAAAUAACCAUUGUUAUAUCUGUUUGUUUGUUUGUUUGUUCCAGAUGUUUGUUGUUAGAAAUUUGAUUUUUUUUUUUUUAAAUUAGAUUUGAAGAUUUUAUAACCAAAUGUACCAAAUUCACUGUGAUGUUUUGUACAUAUUUGUUUAGAGAAAGAAGCAGUUUUGAAAGGGAUUAAUUUAAUGAGCAUUUGAAUACUAAUAUAAUUUCUUAAAAUAAAUGAUCCUGUUGACAAUG